AUGAAUCAACAAUAUAAUUCAUUAAUGCCAAGGGAGCAAUGGUCCUCCUCGGCCGAUUUCAUAAUGUCCUGUAUCGGAUAUGCCAUUGGUCUUGGUAAUGUUUGGCGAUUCCCCUAUUUAUGCUAUCAAAAUGGUGGAGGAGCAUUUUUAAUACCCUAUGUGAUAUCUCUGAUAUUUUGUGGUGCACCACUUUUUAUAUUGGAGACAACAUGGGGUCAGCUAUUGAGCAUUGGUGGACUUGGGAUGUUUAAAAUUUGUCCGAUUUUCAAAGGUGUUGGAAUAGCAGCUGCAGUGAUGGCAUUUUGGCUUAACAUUUAUUACAUUGUAGUACUAAGUUGGGCAAUGUGCUAUCUGUGGGAAUCGAUUCGAUUGGAUGCAAAUGUCCCAUGGCGAAAUUGUGAUCAUCAAUGGAACACUCCCCGAUGUCGCAGUGAAUACGAACCAUUAAAUUGUGAUAAAAACAAAACAAUUGCGCAGUAUUUCAAUGUGCAGGUAUUAACAAAUGAACAUUUAAACGAAUAUCGUAAACAAUUCUUCGUUGGUCCAAAAUCAAAUUGGACAAUUUGUAGUAGUGAUGAUUUGGAUACACAAUCACCUGUCAAAGAAUAUUGGAAUUAUCAAGUACUUGGUAUCAGUUCGGGAAUUGAGGAACCUGGAGGAUUACGUUGGGAUCUCGCUUUCUUUUUACUAAUCGCUUGGACAAUAUGCUAUCUGUGUAUUUUUAAAGGUGUUCGAUGGACUGGAAAGAUCGUUUAUCUCACUGCAUCAUUUCCAUAUCUAAUGCUUGUUUGCUUGCUGAUACGUGGAUUAACAUUACCAGGCGCAAGUUUGGGACUUGAAUUCUACCUGAAACCAGAUUUUGAGAAGCUUCUAGAGAGUAAAGUAUGGGUGGAUGCUGUCACACAAGUUUUCUUUUCAUAUGGCCUUGGUCUAGGCGCUCUUGUUGCACUCGGUAGUUACAAUUCGUAUCAUAAUAACAUCUACAGGCAGGCAUUAACAAUUUGCUUUGUAAAUAGUGCUACAAGCGUUUUUGCUGGCUUCGUUAUCUUUUCAUUUAUUGGCUUUAUGGCUGUUGAACAAGGCAAACCCGUUAACGAGGUAGCACAAUCUGGUCCAGGUCUCCUUUUUCUGGCUUAUCCAUCCGGAAUCCUACAACUACCAUAUACAAAUGUUUGGUCAAUUCUCUUCUUUACAAUGGUUUUAUUCUUGGGCAUUGAUUCACAAGAAAGUUUUUAUAACAUUUUUAAUUCAAUUUAA